AUGAGUUCACUCAAUGGUAACCACCAGCCUCGAAGGCCGACAAAGCCGCCUUUGCAGCACGUGAGACUGCGCUCUCAAGUUCAGCAAUCAAUACAGUUUACUGAACAUGAAAGAUUAGAAAUUCAGACCAAACUCAAUAAAGCUUUGGGGCCAGAGUACGUGAGUUAUCGACCAGGCGGAGGAGGGAACUCGGUUCAGUACAUAGAAGGAUGGAAGGCACUAAAUCUAGCCAACGAGGUAUUUGGGUUCAACGGAUGGAACUCUGAACUAGUAUCAUGUGAAAUAGAUUACCUAGACACGCAUGGCAACACGGGUAGAUGUUCGUUGGGGCUCUCCAUUGUUGUUAGGGUUACUCUCAAAGAUGGCACGUAUCACGAGGACAUCGGGUAUGGAUACAUCGAUAAUGCCAAGAGCAAGUCUCAGGCGUUUGAAAAGUGCAAAAAGGAGGCAUAUACGGAUGGUAUAAAGCGAUGCUUGAGAUGUUUUGGAAAUGUCUUGGGUAAUUGCUUAUACGAUAAGACAAUCACCAAGCAGAUGAGCAAAUUACAAAAGAACAACAUUGAAUAUGAGUCUGAUGAUUUUCACCGGGAUCCGAUAUACGCAGAGAGAGAACGGAAAAAGCAGAUAAUGGAGAGAAGGGCCCAAGAGGAGAAGGAGAUGGAGCAAAGACGCGAGCAGGAAAGCUUGAAAGCUCCAGAUGACGCGUUUAUUACACCUAGACUGCCCUCGAAGGUGGUACAACAUGUAAACAGGAGGAAAGACGCCGACGAGAUUGACGAGUCGUUCAAUUUCAGUGAUGAUGGCGCCGAAGAAGAGCACGAACUCGACCGUGUGGAAACUAAAUCGACCCAGGUCGGACAUUCGGGAAGCAAGGACGAGGAAGAAGAUACAAACCAUUUCCCAGCGUUUGUAGCAGCAAAGAACGCAGCGCUCUUGCAAUUAAAGCAGGACCGUAAAGGUGAAGAAAUACCACAAUUUGACACCACGUUUGUUUCGCCCAACAUUGAACGCACUGUUGAUCCUACAAAGUCAGUACCUGUCAAAAGAGCAGAUUUGAAAGGCAAGACUCCUCCUCCCCUCGGGAUCAAUCAUUUACAAAACAGGGUGAAGAAACCCCAAAUUAACCAUUUGAAUAACAACUUUGGCAAGAGGAUCGGAGUGCCUCCUAUGAGAACAAACAAACGACUACAAGACGAGCUACCUACAGUUGAAAAUAGAUGA